AGGCCCACUGCUGGCCGUCAGCGGGCGGGCAGAGGAGAGGAGGGGAGGAAAAGUGUGUUUACACAGACGGCUAACUGCCUGGGGAAUCGUCGGGGAGAGGAAGUGAGCCGGCUCUGCGUCUGCCCGCUCCAACUUCCUGCUCAGAAAGAGAAAAAGCCCAGGAUCCGAUUUCAGUCCGGCACACGGUGCGGACCUGAAGGAAGCAUGGAAAAACGAGGAAUCUCACAGGCUUCGCCGUAAACUUUCACGGACUGAAGACACCGACUUACAGAUCGCAGGUAUGGACAGCGCCAUCACUCUGUGGCAGUUCCUGCUGCAGCUGCUGCUCGACCAGAGCCACAAGCACCUGAUCUGCUGGACGUCCACGGACGGAGAGUUCAAGCUCCUGAAGUCGGAGGAGGUGGCCAAGCUGUGGGGGCUGCGCAAGAACAAGACCAACAUGAACUACGACAAGCUGAGCAGGGCCCUGCGCUACUACUACGACAAGAAUAUCAUCAAAAAGGUGAUUGGCCAGAAGUUUGUCUAUAAGUUCGUGUCCUUCCCCGAGAUCCUUAAAAUGGACCCGCAGGCGGUGGAGAUGGGCCUGUCCUCUGGAAGGUUUCCCCCCCAAGAAGGAGAGGCUCAUGAGCUGGACAUAGAAGAGGAGGAGGAGGAGGAGAGUGAAGAGGAGGCAGAGAGGAGGAGCCUGGCAGCCUUGGGGGUGCAGCAGUGUCGAAGGGAUUACCUGCACUCGAGCCUCUACUCGUCCUUCAGCAUCAACUCCUUCCAGAACCAGCCGGAGCUGCUGCGCGCCCUGCGAGAGCGUCAGGAGGAGCCGCGCUCCGUCAUCCGCUUCGGCACCAACGCCAUCGAGAGGAGCCCGCCUCCCUCUGCCAAAUCUGAAUCCUACGUCUCCUCCAGGCCAGCAAACCCCCCCUCUCUUUCCCAGUCCCCGUCCUCCCCAAACACCCAGCCUGGCCGAAGCUGGAGCCCUGCGGAGGAAGGGGAUGAGGACGGGGUGGACUCUGACCAGAGCGCUCAGCCUCUCAACCUUUCCUCGGGCCACAGGGAGCGAGCCCUGCAGCCCCCCGAGAAGAGGAGCACUAACAGUAGCGGUAACCAAGGAGACGGACUCCCACCUAAGAGCAAAAAGCCCAAAGCUCUGGAGAUCUCCCCGUCCCUGCUGCUUUCGGGGAGCGACAUCGGCUCCAUCGCCCUCAACAGCCCGGCGCUGCCCUCCGGCUCCCUGACCCCCGCCUUCUUCACCACACAGACUCCCUCUGGUUUGCUGCUGGCUCACAGUCCGCUGCUGUCGGGCAUCCACUUCUGGAGCAGCCUGAGCCCCGUCGCCCCGAUCAGCCCCGCCCGGCUGCAGGGCCACGGCUCCCUCUUCCAGUUCCCCAGCCUAAUCAACGGACACAUGCCUGUCCCCCUCCCAAACCUGGAAGGAACACCCUCCCCUCUGCUCCUGUCCCCCACCACCCACAAAUCCUGAUUCAGGAUCUGUGGGAAGACCUAAAGGAUCGUUGAUCUCCAGCUGAAAGUUUAUCGUCAUCAUCAUCAUCGUCAUCAUCAUCGUCAUGUUCAGCCGUGCUCACCUUGUUGAAUCAAGAGACUUGACCUCAUUUUGUUUUUAUUCUUUUGCACUUCAGUUGCUCCAUAUUCACAGCACUUGGUAAAAAGCCAUACAGCACGAUGUCUGAGAGGCAUCUGUGACAACAGCACUCUUCACACGGUCCUGUCCACAGCUGGCAGAUGUGUUCUCGCUGUAAAGCUUAAAGUGAAAGGUCAACUAUUUUAAACUAGGGUUCUACUGAAUGGUUCAAACAGUUACUGUCUUACCUGUCAUAGAGUGACCUCAGUUUGGAGUCUACCUCUUCUGAUUUCACUGCAGGAACCAGGGCCAAACGGAUCACCAGGGUCGAUGGUCACCAACAGAACCAGCCCUGGCAGAGAGUCUGAACCUACCUGGAACUUUAAGGUCCAGUUCACAGGGGAGUGCAGUUUAUCCACCGUUUCUAAAAACAUCCUCUUAAACCUAGAAAACAACCCAAAACACUGUAGUAACCAGGCCAACUGUGGUGCUGCGAAAACCACCAAAAACAAGGAACAUGGUGUGGAGCAUGUGCACGAAGUGUGCACGUUAGGUGCAAAAUAAUAAGCACAAGAUUUCCGGUCAUUUUAGAGGUGAGACUACGACAUCAUAGUUUCCAAAAGACCGUCUUUGGCUGUUGGCAUAAAAGGGUGACACGUCCUGGUUCACUCUGGAACCGGACUAAAAGAAAGCUGAAACCCCUGGAGCACCCAGUCCCUCCAGUUGGUUAGAAAUGAGAGAACUGAGGCAGCUUCCUCUGUCGGCACCUUCAGAACCCGUCGAACCAGGACCUGAAGCUGAAACGUGUGCGUUCAUGCUUUCUGCGGCUAACCUGCUGUGACGCAAGCUUCAUAAUCUUUAACCGUCUGCUGAGGUCCACCACCCAAGAUCGACGUUGACACAGAAACUCAGCGUUCAGUUGACAAACAAAACGUUAACCACGAACAGCUAAACAGAGUUGAUUCAUCGUGUUCGAGGGAACCCGAGGGAAACGUCCGACAUGUUUAAUGUGUAGUUCGUGCUCCGUGUCUCGUUUGUUUCAGACGCUCACGUCUGUGCAGGACGUGUCCAGCUCCACGAGGGAGUUCAGAACACUUCGAGGCAGCGUAAGGACUGACUGGGCUCAGCGUCCGUUUUCUGAAAGGGUCUUGUGUGCAGCUGCUCUGACCAGCUACAAAACCUCAGCAGCUCGUCUUGGAAACAAGACGCCACGGCUGAAAGGUUAAAAAGGUUCACUGUCACCCGAUGGAAGCACACGGGCAGAGUUGAACUCUGACCCCACUGACGAGCUAACGGCUAGUCAGAGCAGGGCCACAGUGGGUCGCUCCGGUCCCGAUUAUUCAAACGCCGUUUUACGAGGCCUUCCAUUGAUGUCACGUUCCCUUUACAUGAGUAUUCUGGAGCUCCUCAAAUGUCCCAGGCAGGAAGUGCUACAGCUUGCUAGCUGCUGCUAUCGCUGCUUACAAAUAACCACGAUGGAAAGUUGGAGGCAAUGUAAAGAUUCACAAAAUGAAAGUGUUUGCAUGUCCUCCUGUGAAUGUUUUGGGGGUUGAAGUUUUAAGAAGCGAUCCACUUUGGUCUUGGCCCUGCUCUGACUAGCCAUUAGCUCAUCCCUCCAGCCAAAAAUUAACCAUUUCUCCAAACUGAGGUCGCCCAAAGAGCCAUCUACAACAGGUAAGAUAUUGCCUGUUCAUGUCCGUUUCACAGGAGCUCACUUUAACAAAAACCUGAAUUGUUUUAACGUGUCUGACUCUAUGCAGAGCUUCGUCAUUUUAUUCUUGUAAAGUCGUGUUUUUAAAGGUAAUCACAGCGUGAAAGGACUCGUGGUUUGUAUGUAGUGUAUGCACUAUGCUUCACAGGUAGUACCAGCUGUGCCUUAUUGUCCUAUUUUUUACUUUAUUACUUUAAAUGAAG